AUGGCCCCUUCCAACACCGAGUCCGAUCAGAAUGCGCCCUUCAAUGAGGCUACCUCACCGACGCAACAACAGCACGUAACAGCGGCAGCUCGCAGGUCGUCUAGCCAGACUUCGACAUCUUUUCGCAAGCCGAUGUCUCAGCCAUUGAUCAAGACGAUCUUCGUCUUCCUGAUGGUCUUCAUUGUCUUCGUGGACUUGAUCGUUCCUGUGGCAGCUCUGGACAACCGGAUAUCGCCGAUGACGCCCCAAGCACAGAAUACCCACGAUGCCUCCAUCAUGACCACGUCGCCUCGAUUUUCUAUCGGAAUGCUUUGGGGUCCCUUAUGCGCGAUGGGGAUCGGCAUUUCCGCGUCUAUCUCGACCAUGAUGGGUAAAAUGCUCUGCCCGUUGAUGGGCGCGACAGGUGUACUCUGGUUCGUACUGCGCAAUAGUGAGGGGAUCCCGCCCGUCUUCGUUUGGAUAAUCUUCGGCAUUUGGUCCACCGUGACCAUGAUAUACCUUCACUCUCAAGCUUGUCGAGUAAAGCUUGGCAAAUUAUAUAUACCGGCGGUACUAAUACUCGACAUCGUGUGCCUCGUCCUUGUUGCGCCCGUGCAGACAGCCUCUACACAGGAUGCGCUCAUCGCUGCCAUUCCUCCCUGCACUUCCUUCGCUGCCUACGUUGUGGCAUUCCUCUCCGAGCCUGAUCGUGACCAGCCUGUACCGGAUUCUGCCGUUUGA